CAGUGGUAUGGAGGGGACCUUAUCAAUCACCAUCCAUUUCUUCGUGUGGGAUUUGUUUGAUGGGAAGUUUCCUUUGUUUUCUCAGCCAAAGCAAAGAAAAUCCACAUUGUCCUUUCAUGGAAUUAUUACGUCUCUCUGGGCAUAUAUCCUCAUCCUGUGUCGCUCCUCCAUCACAAACAAAUCAAUCUCUUCAGUGUCUAAAUGGGUCUCUAUGGGUUUCUAAUCUUAGCUUCAGUUCUUGUCACUGUUGCCUCAGCUUGCUCUGAUGGACAAUGCCGGUUUCUUGACGAAUGCGGCAAGGAUGAAGAUUGUGAAGCUGGGCUCCAUUGUUCUACUUGCCUACCACUGACAGAAGGUAGGAGAUGUGUUAGAUCAGUCGCUACAAAUCAGUUCAAGAUGAUGAAUGAUACUCUGGCUUUCAACAAAUAUGCAUUUUUGACGACACACAAUUCUUUCGCUAUUGAGGGAGGAUUUAAGCUCACAUUUUUCAACCAAGAAGAUAGUGUCGCAGACCAGCUAAAUAAUGGGGUCCGAGGCUUCAUGCUCGAUACAUAUGAAUUCGAGGGAUCUAUAUGGUUGUGCCAUGCACCUGGUGGGAAAUGCGAUGCCACUAAUAAGUUUCGACCAUUGAUGGACACACUGAAAGACUUCGAAUCUUUUUUAUCAGCAAACCCCGGUGAAAUUGUUACACUGAUUUUAGAAGACUAUGUUCAAACAGCAAAUGCAUUGCCGACAGUCUUCAUUGAUGCUGGUUUGAUGAAAUACUGGUUCCCAGUAGCAAACAUGCCCAAAAAUGGUGACGAUUGGCCAUCAGUUAGGGACAUGCUCAUUAGAAACCAAAGGCUCCUUGUUUUCACUUCAAAGCAAUAUAAGGAAUCGGCUGAAGGAAUUGCUUAUCAGUGGAACUACAUGGUCGAAAAUAUGUAUGGGUCUGAAGGAAUGGUUGAAGGGAAAUGCUUUAAUAGAGGAGAAUCGUCUCCACUUAAUGACAUGACUAAAAAGUUAGUGUUGGUGAAUUUCUUCAGGUCUCUUCCAAACCAAUGCGGUGAUAAUAAUGGAGAGCUUAUUAACAUGCUUCGCACUUGCUAUGGUGCUGCCGGCAACCGAUGGGCUAAUUUUGUUGCUGUUGAUUUCUACAAGAAAAGUGGAGGAGGAGGAGGAUCAUUUCAGGCAGUAGACACCCUGAAUGGGAAGCUCUUAUGUGGUUGUGAUGACAUCCAUGCUUGUAUGUGUGGAGCAACUUCAGGAGCCUGCACUGCUGUGUGAUGAAAGCUUACAGAAAUUACUACUUGUGUAAUAAUCUCGUGAAGCCAAGGUGUACAUCUUGUGUUAAGGAAAACAGAAGGGAAUCCAGUAUAUGUAAAAUAAUAAAGAUGGAAUUGAUGAUAAUGGACAUUGGUAUAUGAAAAUACACUGGAACCUAUUACAGGCUUAA